AUGAACAUAACACCUGGAUCUAUCUUCUGCCUGUCCGACCUCAUCAACGCCUUCUACCAACAAUUCGCCAGCAGUCGCCAGUUGGAGAAACAAAUAAGUGACCUCUAUCGGUUGGUCCAAGGACCUACCGAGUCGGUACGCGAUUAUUUUAACCGUUUUAAUUGUGAAAAAAUUAGCAUAAAAAACUGUGAUGUCAGGACAGCCAUCGAAGCAUUCAAGAGAGGUCUCGUCCCCAACUCGGAGCUGUACCGGGAACUAACCAAAUAUCCCUGUGCAACCUUCGAAGAAGUCAGAUCGAGGGCUACUGCCCAGAUGCGGAUUGAAGACGACGAGAUUACACGAAUGGUUUCUCAGCGACCAACAGGGGGCAGCAGCGACAGGAGGUCGUACACCCCAAGGAACAACGGCUGGAGACACCAACCAUACAACCGCCAGAGUCAGGUACAAAAUGUCAAUCAAUAUGAUGAUACUAACAGUGUUUACAGGAAUGAACGGGUCGUUUAUCCCCCCAUCUCCGAGUAUGGCUUCAACGUCGACAUCGGAGGCGUGGUAAACGCCCUUCAAAGUGUAGGUGGUACCGUCAGAUGGCCUAAGAAGAGCGACAGACCAGACUCUACGAAGGACAUGAGCAGGUGGUGCGACUUCCACCGCGACAAUAGCCACACAACCGAGGAAUGCAUCUCCCUCAAAAAGGAGGUGGCGUAUCUAUUGAAAAGAGGCCACCUGAAGGACCUACUGAGCGACAAAGGAAAGGAGACGUAUAACAAGGAUAGCAGCUCCCAACCCAAACCAGCACCAAGCGGCGACCGACCGGCCCCGCCCACGUUCGAAAAAGUGGUAAACGUUAUUUCUGGUGGUUCAGAUAUGUGUGGACUAACUUCUUCUGCAGCUAAAAAAAUCAACAGGGGCGAAUCUGAAGCCGUCAAAGAGGGGCAGACCGAAGACGAAGUAGCACUCGACAAGUCAUUAGCAGCGAUGAUAAUAACCUUCGACGACUCAGAUUCAACCGACACAAUACAGGAACAUCAUGACGGGCUAGUCAUAUCGCUCCCAAUAGGCAACGCUCUCAUCAAAAGGAUAUUGAUCGACAACGGCAGUUCAGCAAACGUAUUGUUCCUAGAGGCUCUGCAGGAAAUGGGACUAGACGAAAAGAGUAUAAUAAAAAGGUCGACAGUCCUAGUAGGAUUCAGUGGAGAAUCGCUACGAAUAGUAGGAGAGAUAUCGCUGCCUACGUACGCAGAAGGUGUUAAUGUGAUGACCAAGUUCAACGUCGUCGACUGCCCAUCAGCAUACAACGUCAUUUUGGGACGACCAUGGAUCCACAAAAUGAAGGCGGUGCCGUCGACAUACCACCAGUCAAUCAAGUUGCCAACCAAAUGGGGAGUCAUGGAAAUCAAAGGACAACAAAGGGACGCAAAGAAAUGUUAUGAAACGGCGCUGAAACCAUCAAAGUCAUCCAUCUAG